AUGACUUGCUUAGGAUUACUCAUCUCCACUACUGUCACCGUUGGGAAGAUUGGUCAGGACAGGGGGCAGAACCCGACCAAGAGCAUGGUUCGCCUUACGGCCGCCGACACAUCGUGCUAUGGGCUGGUCCAGGAGACAGGUCAGAUCGUCACGGACUGGCAGGACGCUGUGAAGCUUUCCAGAAGAAGUGAACCACUGGCAGCCAAGUUUUACCGCGGCAGGGCCAGAAUACGAGUCUUCGUUGCGGUCAGCCAGGGGGGACAGCCAACCCCACACCGCGACGGGAGUGAUGAUUUCAAAUUGCCAUCCAUGGUUGAGGAGAAGAGGAUAAGGGUUCUGUGUUUCUCCUCCCCUCCCUAG